ACAUACCAAAAUCUUUCAUUUCAUCAUUGACUUGAACUCAAUUUUCUCCGAAGCUCUGUGAGCCUCAUUCUUAUAUUUUUUUGUUGAUAAUACGUCUCAAACUGUCCGAGCUUUGUUCGUUCUCCGUUUACCCAUACCGCACGGUUCUUUGCACUUCUCUAUCCGGUUCCUCGAAAACUCCAUUAGUCGUCGCUUUCCACAUAGCAAGAUGCAAACGAAAAUCAUUCUUUUCGCCGUACUUGGUGCCAUGACCGCAUCCGCUGCAUCCAUUAAGCGACAAAACAACGGCGCUGAUUUUGGUACAUGCACGCCGACCAUGGACUUCCAACUGGGUCGUGCCGGGCGCAAGGCAGACCAGGGCACGUUUCUGCCCACCGACCCUGUCGUCGCCAAGGGUCAGCAGGAUGCUCUAAACCCAAACAUUAUCACGAACCGAAUUUGCGAUCAACUUACCAAUGUGUGUGGGGCCAAUCAAGCUGCCAAAGAUCUAUGCCAGCAGGCCAAAGCACAGGUCUCGGCAGCAGGUGUCAAGGAUGCAUCGGCGGCGACGAUGUUCAACGGCGCAUUGGGGUUUUGA